GGAAUACGUCGGGCUUCUAAUUGCCGGUAUUUAUAUUCCCGGAGCGUCCGCGUCCAUUUUCGCUGUCGUUCAAAGGGACUGUGAAGCAAUUCGCCGCUUUUUAAACUUUUGCAACAAAAAGCCCUUAAUGGAUUUCGAAUGUGUUUCUGACGCUUCUCAGUAGCUAACUCUCGUGAGGCUGAUUGCUUGGUUUCCAGACCUCGUCACCUUGGUGGUGGAUUUGUAAGGAUAUAUUUAGCCUAUCUCGUUUGGGAUAUUGCCAUUUGAGCAAGAGAAGACGCGAACGGAAAAUCAAAUUGGAUUGCCAGGUUCCCAGGAAGAUGUGGCUGUGAGCUUGCUCAGAGUGCUGAUCCUGUAGGUCUUCACCUGAUCGUGACCAUGGGGAUAUGGCCAGGUGGUGUCCGGGCCUGCAUUGCAGGCCAGGAGAACUGCUCUGCCAACAAUGAGUCCAAGGACUACUGUUACUCAGCCCGUAUCCGCAGCACCGUGCUUCAGGGCCUACCCUUUGGAGGGGUCCCCACCGUCCUCGCGCUGGACUUCAUGUGUUUCCUGGUGCUUCUCUUUGUCUUCUCAAUAUUGCGGAAAGUGGCCUGGGAUUAUGGACGCUUGGCAUUGGUGACAGACGCUGACAGAUCGAAGAAGCGUUUCAGCGGAUUGGAGGAGCGGGAAUAUGUUGCCUCAGCUCUGCAUUCUGAAACGCCAGACCGCUAUGAGCGUCUCACUUCAGUCUCCAGCUCUGUCGACUUCGAUCAACGGGAUAACGGCUUCUGUUCCUGGUUAACUGCCAUCUUCAGAAUAAAGGACGAGGAGAUCCGGGAGAAGUGUGGUGAGGACGCCGUGCACUACCUUUCAUUCCAGCGCCACAUCAUCGGCCAGCUGGUGGUUGUUGGGGUUCUGUCUGUGGGCAUCGUCCUGCCAGUCAACUUUUCUGGAGACCUUUUGGAAAAUAAUGCAUACAGCUUUGGGCGGACCACUAUAGCAAACCUGAAGUCUGGGACUAACCUCUUGUGGCUCCACACUUUGUUUGCAUUCAUAUACCUGCUUCUGACUGUGUACAGCAUGAGACGACACACGUCCAAGAUGCAUUACAAGGAGGACGACCUGGUGAAACGCACUUUAUUUAUCAAUGGGAUCUCCAAAUAUGCCGAAGAGGUCCACAUAAAACAACACUUUGAACAAGCCUAUGAGAACUGCAUUGUUCUGGAUGCUCGAAUCUGCUACAACGUAGCCAAACUCAUGUCCCUGAAUGCUGAGAGGAAGAAGACAGAGCGCAGUUUAAAGUUCUUCACUGAUCUCAUGGCCAAAGAGCACAUGCCCACCAUGAUCAACCCCAAGCCCUGUGGCCACCUCUGCUGCUGUGUCAUCAAAGGCUGUGAGCAGGAAGAGGCAGUGAGCUUCUAUACUAAGCGGGAGGCCAAACUGAAGGAGGAGUACAGAAAGGAGAAAGAGAAGGUGAACACCAAACCUCUUGGCAUGGCGUUCGUCACUUUCCAGAAUGAGGCCAUGACUGCAAUAAUCCUAAAGGACUUCAAUGCCUGCCAAUGCCAUGGCUGCACAUGCCGCCAAGAGCCCAGGUCAUCCCAGUUCAGUGAAAGUCUCCACAUCUACAACUGGAGUGUGAGCUAUGCUCCUGAUCCUCAGAACGUGCGUUGGGAGCACUUAUCGUUGGGGGGGAUUUCCUGGUGGAUUCGCUGCUUCAUCAUCAACUGCAUCCUUUUCCUCCUGCUCUUCUUUCUCACUACACCCGCCAUCAUUAUCUCCACGAUGGACAAGUUUAACGUCACCAAGCCUGUGGAGUAUCUCAAUAACCCCAUCGUCACCCAGUUCUUCCCCACUUUGCUCCUGUGGGCUUUCUCUGCCCUGCUGCCCACCAUCGUCUACUACUCUGCUUUCUUCGAGAAACACUGGACGAGGUCGGGUGAGAACCGGACCACCAUGCACAAGUGCUACACCUUCCUCAUCUUCAUGGUCCUCUUGCUGCCUUCACUGGGUCUUAGCAGUUUGGAUGUCUUCUUCCGCUGGUUGUUUGAUAAGAAAUUCCUUGCUGACGCCACUGUCAGAUUUGAGUGUGUCUUCCUCCCUGACAACGGAGCCUUCUUUGUCAACUAUGUCAUCGCCUCAGCAUUUAUCGGUAACGCCAUGGACCUGCUGCGGAUUCCAGGCUUGCUCAUGUAUAUGAUCAGACUGUCCCUGGCCCGUUCCUCUGCAGAGAGGCGUAACGUAAAGAGGCAUCAAGCAUUUGAAUUCCAGUUCGGAGCGGCCUACGCCUGGAUGAUGUGCGUCUUCACUGUAGUAAUGACGUACAGCAUCACCUGUCCAAUCAUCGUCCCCUUCGGUCUGAUGUACAUGCUGUUGAAGCACCUGGUGGAUAGAUACAACAUGUAUUACGCUUACCUUCCCUCGAAACUGGACAAGAAAAUCCACUCGGGUGCUGUCAAUCAGGUGGUGGCAGCUCCCAUCCUCUGUCUCUUUUGGCUGCUAUUCUUUUCCACCAUGCGCACAGGCUUUGUGACCCCCACGUCCAUGUUCACUUUGGUGGUCCUAAUCAUCACCAUUGUGGUAUGCCUGUCGCACGUCUGCUUCGGCCACUUCAAGUACCUCAGCGCUCACAACUACAAGGUACGGGUCACUGUGCUCAAGAUUGACACCAAGGAAACUGAUGUUGACGUGGUUGAAAAUGGCCGCCCACCACUCCGCACCUUCUCCUCUCCUUCUAAUAAGUCUCAGCAACCAACGUAUAUUGCCCAGGUCUUACAGGACCCAAUCACGGAUGAGGCUUACACAGGCAGUGGGGAGGAAGAUCGGGGGUCCUCACAGGAUGAGGAGAUGAUCAACGCUGGGAAUAGUCUCAAUGAAGCUGAUUUCCAGUCAGGUGAAGACAGCCUCAUAGCCAACGAGGUCCACCAGUAACACUACUAGCUGAGAAGGGGAAAGAGAGACAGAUGGUGAGAGAGGGAUUUUGGAGAGGAUGAAUGCCAGACAAGAACAACAAACCACCAACUUCACUUUGGAUUCUAAAACCAUCUGCAGUCAUUCCCCCCCCAUGCUCCCCCACUCUGUCACCUUUUUUCGGUUGUGCCUCUGCACAUUGGCAUUACCAGAAAAUGCCUGAUACACACACACUCACGUGGUGUAAUUGUGAGUGGUUUUGUUAAGUCUAAUUUGGAGCUUGUCUGUGCGGAUUCUUCAAAGUCCCCUCUCAGUGAAAUUUGAACACCUAUCCACGCUAUAUGAAUCUGGGCGUUGACGCCCCUUGUUUUAUUUAUUUAUCUACUGGAGUCCUACACUUUUAUGGAACUUCUAUGGAGCACCAGUCCAACACUGGUUUUCAUCAAACCCAAAAAGAUGGAGUCCCAGGAAAGAAACCAUAUACAAAAGGCUAAACUUUGUACAUAUCCCAAAGUAUGCCAACCGUUUUUGUGUCUCUUAUUGGGAAGAGGGGGUCAAAAUUGUGCCUGGUUUUGGUUUAUUUUCAUCCAUGUUUCCUUACUUGUGUGUCUAACUACUAAAUCCCAAUCAGGGUGGCUCAGGGCUGGUGUAGAGGUCAUGAAAAUUAGGCCACAAAGCCUCCAAUGAAAUCCUGCUCCAAGCACAGGUCCCAUGAACUUUUAUGGGUCUACAGACUCAUACCCAAACUAAACUUAGUUCAUUUUUGUCAACGUGCAAAGCACCCUGCAUUAGGUCUUCUUUCUCAUAGUUUAUGAACUAAAUGACUUGCUUGCCCCUUUUUCUUUUGAUAUCUUCUGUUCGUCAUAAGAUAUUCACUCUGCCACUGAACAUCCUCAGUUCAGUUGGAUUGUGGUGUUUCUGGUGUGACUUGUGUUGUCAUGACAUGUCUACAGUCCUCCUGCCUGUGAUGCCCUGUAAGUCACCUGGUCUCUCUGCUCCCCUCCAUCCUGUCCCUCUCAGUUUCCAAAGGGUCAGUGGCUUGCUGACUCUUACAGCCACUGACUUACAGUUUUUUUUAUUAUUUUUUAUUUCACCUCUACUACCUUAAACAUAUGAAAUAGGAAGCUAAUGUUCUUGUCAGCGCAUAGUUCAGUAGGCAACUUCUACUCUAACUGGGUUCUGUUCACCUUGGAGAACUUGAACAUUUGCACAAUAGUUCAAUAGUUUAGCUUAUGUUGUAGAUCCAGGGAAAAGCGGUGCUUUUGCACUUGAUGAUCUACCUUUUAAGCCUGGAGUUUUCAGCACUCCUGUAAGAGGGUAUCUGUAUGGGUUCUGUCUGUGUUUAUGUGUGCACUAACAGUAGAUCAAUACAUGAGAACGGCAAACAAAGUUGCUAAGGAUUUAAACAUUUAAACAUUAACACCACCCCCCCGAUUCUUUAUUAUUUCUGAUUCUUGCAAUGUUUAUAGUUACUUACAGUUGAAAUUUGGAGAGGGGUCAACUACAGAUUUAGUCUAUAGGUAGAAAAAAAAUAGGUUUACAAUGACUUUCAUGCGCGUGCAGCAUUAAAAUAUUUGUUUCGUUUUUGUAGUCAAGCCUUGUCUUUCGUCCCACAGGGAACACAAAACAAAACAAAAGGUUUCAAUUGUGAGGACCCACUUUGUGUUUGUUGACUAUGGUCAUCAGCUGGUGCCUGUUAUUUUGAGACAAAAAGUGUUCAAAGAGAAACUAGACCGAUGGGUGGGUGGGGGGUGGGGCACUGGGAGACAUGAAGAAACUGGUCUUGCCUCAAGUUGUACUCUCUACCCUUAAAGUCCUCCAAUCAGAAGUACGCUGAGGUGAGCUAAAUUAUAUGCAUCUCUGGAGGAGCCAAGUCCCAAUGAAUUAGCUGUUUUUGUAUGCUUCCUCUCUGAGGGAAUAGUAAUGAAGUGUAGAUGAAAAAAUGUAGCCUUAGUAAAGUAUUUUGCUCCUCAGGAGUCAUACUUAUGGAAGAUAAUUGUUCAGAUAUACAGCACCAAUGAAUAGCGACGCUUCCAUUUAUUUUUUUCACAUCCGUUUGGGUGCAGUGUGUUUUCAUGCACUUGGAUGAAAGUACCAUUAAGUUGUCUCUGAUUGAAGUGCAAUCAGUCAGGUGUCUGGUUGAGAACAAAGUGACAUCAUGGGCUGGCCCUUCUGGCUUAGAUGUCAGCCAUCUUUGUUUUGCACUUUCUGGAACAGAACUGUGGUAUUAAGGCCAGGAUCUAUUUUGGCCCUCAGCCUCUUUUCUCAGCCCGCAUAGCAACUACUCAUUUGGUGUUCACAGUUAUACCCUGGGAAAGUGUGAUGACAUUUCAAAGCCAGUGUUCACUUUCUUUUCUAAAUGGACUUCAAGCACAAAACACAUGAAAACACAAUCAAAUACUUCUAUAAAAGGCAUUGGGUAGAAAUAAAUUAAUUCACAAAUACGUAUAUAAUUUCAUACAUAUCUUAAAUUACCACGUUUUCAUGAAUUUGAUAUAAUCCUGUCAAAAACAGAAAAAAGUGGAUAACGAAGUAUUUCUUUAUUAAACUAGCCAGUCCUUUCAGAUCUGUGAACACCAUAGGGAUAGGGCCAAAUGGAAGAGGCUAGGGACACACAUUUUACCAGGCCCAAGAGUGUGGCUCCACUGACUAAUCCAACAGAUGAGGUGCACUGAUAGUGAAGGUCUGCUAGAGGUCACUGUAUACCUGUGUUUUUUUAUUACUAUAAUGAUCAUGUUUUGGAACGGGACGAAUCGUCUCUUUGCAAAAUGAUUUGUUGUAACAAAAAAAGGAUGCAAUAGCAACAAGGAACAUGCAAUAGCGACAAGUGCGACAUUCAGCAAAGAAAUAGAACUAGAGCAGUAACUUAAGGAAAUGUUGAAGUCCUCAGUUGUAUUUUUAUUACAGCUGGGUUUUUUUUACAUUGUAUUAGUUGUUUUCAACUUUAAGCGUUUUGAUCUGUUGACUAAGCUAAUCUAUGAAAGCUGUGGCUAUUGGUAACAUUAGUAGCAUUCUAUCAGAUAUGAUUUUUUUUUACCAUGGCUGUCUUAUUAGCAGCACAUGUUCCUCUGUAGACACACUGAAAUGACCAUUGUAUUGUGGUUUGUCCCUGUUUGAAAACCAUAGCUACAUGCUGGAGAUAUUGUAUAUUUUCUGUGUCUACUCUGUUCUGUAACUUCUGUUUCCCUUUUUAAGUGAGUGUGCACUAACACUCCGUUCAUGAUUUGUAUGCACGCUAACACAAGACUUAACAAUAAUCCAGUGGAAGUACAUUUUCCUGACACUAUAAGAAAUCUUGUUAUAGAGGUUUGCUUGCUAAUAUACGGUCUCUUUCUCAAUGGAAAUUAAGUUACUUUACAGUAUCACUAUUCUACAGUCCCGGCGAUCGAACCCACUACCUUGGCGUUACAAGCGUCGUGCUCUACCAGCUGAGCUACAGAGGAUCAAAUAAUGGUAGUGUUAUAGAGCACAUAAUCUACAGUUUCUAUAAAACAUGAAUAUGGGUAGGGAUACAUAAAAAUACAGCAAAUGGUCACACGUUUGUUUGUUUUUAAGCCUCUGCUAACGUUCAUGCUGGUUCCAUUCACUAAGACAACUAAGGAAAGUUUAAUUUGAUGCUGUAGAUUUGUCAGGUUGUCUAUACUAUUUAUUUUGACGUUUGUCCAAAGGUCUGUAUGGUGAAGCAUUUGUCAUUAUCUGUUCCUUGAUCAAUAAAAUCGUCAUUCAUCCUUCA